GGUGUCUGAAUCAUAUAAGUAUGAGUGAAUUGAACAAAAAUUACACGCGCUUCACGAAGAUCACAUUCCUUUAAAUAUCAAUAGUCAACACGAACAUAGUUCUUUGGAACGUAGGGGAGAUAAAAAGUGGUGUUUAACCAUGCUGUGUUUGCAUAUUUGGCUUCUACUGUCUUUUGCCGGUUUAGGAAGAUGUUUAAUAGAAGAAAUACAACUUCCGCCAUCUUUAAAAGAUUGUUUGAUGAUGAAGAGUAAAUACCAAGACGUUACUAAAUCGCCCAGUGAGUCAGUCUGUAAUAAUUGUAUUACGAGAUUUUUGUGGAACGAAGGACCGAACUUGCAAAAAUGUGACCACCCAAACGAUAAUAUAACUGUAUCGGAUAUAAGUAACUAUUUCGGAAAACUUCUUCAUGAAGAAAUAACAGAAAAGCAAAAAAAGCGACAAGCAGGGCGUGUUCUUUUUCGUAAAGAAAUUAGAAUGUUAACACGUGGGGAAAGACUACGAUUACAAAGAGCCUGGUCAAAAGCCUACAAAAGUGGGUAUUUUGGUUGGCUUGUUAGAUUUCACAACGAUAACAGCAGAAAUGCUGCACAGAGCGGACCUGCCUUUCCUGGUUAUUACAGAUUUUUAUUACUGAUAUUAGAACGAAUUUUACAGAGUUUUGAUCCAGAAGUUUCACUCCCGUAUUGGGACACUACUGUCGAGUCUAAUAUGGAUAAACCUGAAAAUUCUAUACUUUGGAAUAAUGAAUACCUUGGAGAAAUUAACGGAUUCGUCAACACUGGUAUUUGUGGUGGAUUUAGGGAUCUAAGGGGUAAUAAAAUCAUAAGAAAUGGUGGAAAUGGUGGCGCAUUGUUCACACGUACUAAUUUAACGUAUGUAUUGAAUAAACAAACCAUUGACGAUUUAGUUGAAGAUUCUAAUUACGACACUAUGGAAUCGCUUCAUGGCAAUGUUCACAAUUAUAUAGGCGGUACAAUGUCCUUACUGGAAUUAGCACCAUGGGAUUGUGUUUUCUGGUUUCAACAUGCUUAUAUAGAUUAUACUUGGGAAUUGUGGAGAUAUACCCAUGGGUACAAUAUUGCAUAUCCUUUUAAACCUAACAAAAGAGUACAGGAGGCAGAAGUCCCAAUGGAAAAUAUGCCUUAUGUAGAUUUUCUUGGACGUAUUCCGACAAACCUUGAUGGAUAUGGUCAGCAGCUUGCAUCCAUGUCCCAAUAUCAAAUGUCACCAACUUGUUCACAACAUAAUCUUUAUUGUGGAUCACAUGAUUUGCAAUGCCGACGCAUAGAUGGAUCCUUUAGAUGUACUGCUGUCGAUAGAAUAUUUAGAAGUAGUGUAGCGCCUUAUUUAAAAGCCGCACAAGGUGGAAAAGUCAAGCUGAAUUUAGAUGACCAUCAAGAAGGAAGGAGGACAAAAAGAGACACAACUAAUAUCCAUCAAACUACUAUUAAAAACAGUGUAUCUAUCGUAAUUCAAUCAACCGAAAUAACAAAUAUCUACUUUCCUCAAGAACAUGAACCUUGUAUGGGUAAGCCAAUACAAAAUAACUUUGUAGCAGGUUGUUCCAAAGCUGACGUGAAAAGAUGGGCCUUUAUACCAAUUAAAGUUGUUCAUUUACGUCCAAAAGAGGCCCAUUUUACUUCACAGUCUGAAAUAAACGGACACAAGCACAGGUAUGAUAUGUAUGAUGAGCACAAGUAUAAUCAUUUAAAAAAUCUUGUUCACCCAGGUAAUCCAGCUACAUACUAUGAUUGCCAAGAAGACGAAUCCGGUGCAUUCAAAGUAAGACUGAAGUCUACUGGAUUAAGUUACUUCGGUGCAUACACUGAUUACGUAUUUGUUGACAACAGACUUCCUAUAUCCUCUCAUAUCGGGUACAUCGCUGUUGAAAAACCUACAUCUUAUACGCCAUCAGAAGCAUUAAUAACUGCGUCAGAUGCCUGUGGACGACUCUGUAAGCCAAGAUGUCGCCAAUGGGUUGGAGAUAAACUUUAUUAUGUUCCAUGUUCCGGAGCUAUUAGAGUCACUCAACAGAGCCCGUUGAUGUACGGAAACGACUUCGGGGAUGGUGUAUUAUCGAUUUGGGAAUUUAAUGAAGAUUUUACACCGAUCGAAAAUGAAUCAAAUAUCUUUAUGGAAUUUUUCUGCGAUUAUUCGAAUGAAUGGAUGUGGAAACAAACAAAAACAUACAAACGUUAAUGUUUUGUAGUUGGUUUUAUACAAUUUUUUAAUUGUAUAAAUAUGAAAAAAAACAACGCAGAACCUUAAUAAUAAAAUAA